AUGGCUGUGUCAUCUAGCACCGUAGGUUGGUUUGAGUCCUACAUGAGCAAUCGGAUGCAACAAACGUCUGGUGGAAGUGAAUUGUCGGACGCUCUUCCUGUCAUUUUGGAGUACCCCAAGCGAGCAUUUUGGGUACACUUCUCUUUCUCGUGUACAAAAACGAUCUGCCCAGUAUUACCAAUAAAUGCAAUGUUUCCUUGUAUGCCGACGACACAGUCUUAUAUUGCUACGCCUCAGAUGUCGAUGAUCUUGGAAAAAAAUCAUAAUGAAGAUUUACUUAA